CCUCCAUCUCGCCCCAUCCUCAUCUCAAUCCUUUCCUCACUCACACACGCACAUCCACUCACUCACUCGCUCAUUCACUUCCGCACGUAACAUUCACAUCCACAGCUCUGAUCACUCGUCAAGAUUCUAAACCAGCAAAUCAACAUGAACAACAGCACUUCCCAGGGACAGCCCUCAUCUUCCACAGGAGUGGUCUCACAACAGCCCCUCGGUCAACAUGACAUGCAGCGGUCGUUUGCUACAGAGUUUUCUCCUGAUGAUGAGAACCACGGCGUAUAUGGCAGUCUUAUGAAUGCUGCUGGUGAGGUUAUGGGCGCCAUGGGAGCCAUCCCUUGCUGCUUCUGCUGUCCCAACCCAUACAAGUCCGUUUCUCAAGGAUACGUUGGCCUCAUCUCCCGCUUUGGAAAGUUUUACAAGAUUGUCGACCCGGGCUUGACCAAGAUCAACCCAGUGACCGAAAAACUCACCAAGGUCGACAUUAAGAUCCAGAUUGCGGAUAUUCCUCGGCAGGUCAUCAUGACCAAGGAUAAUGUCAACGUCCAGAUCGAUUCUGUCCUGUAUUGGCACAUUAUCAACCCUUCGCAGUCCGUCUUUGGAGUCAGUAAUGUAGAGUCCGCCUUGAUUGAAAGAACCCAAACGACUCUUCGACACAUUCUCGGUAUGCGAGUCCUUCAGGAGUUGAUCGAGAACCGCGAGGCAAUUGGCGAAGAGAUCCAAGAAGUCAUUGAUACACCUGCACGCAAUUGGGGUGUGAAGGUCGAGUCGGUAUUGAUCAAAGAUAUUACGUUCUCAAAGGAACUUCAGGAGUCGCUUUCAUCAGCUGCACAAGCAAAGAGAAUGGCAGAGUCCAAGGUUAUUGGCGCUCAGGCCGAGGUCGACAGUGCUAAGCUGAUGAGAGCUGCUGCCGAUAUUCUGAACACUCCUGCGGCGAUGCAGAUCCGAUAUCUGGAGACGAUGACGAAUAUGGCAAAGGGAUCGAAUACGCGAGUGAUCUUUAUGCCGACGCAGCAGGGUCCACACGAGAUGACGCCCUUGCAGACGAACCAGUGGGAGCAGAUGAGCAAGCAGUAGGACACGGAAAAUUUGGUUUACUCACGAUAUGAUCGAUUUUUUUCGCAAUGUGCCUUGAGGGAUCUUCGGCGGUCUCAUGUUUUUAGCCAUAAUGAAUACAUUAAUAUAUGUAAUAAACUAUUCAUGUAAAGACGCG